AUCUAUGAGGUCCGAGCGUUUUGAGGACUCUCCAGACAUCCUGGACGGAUGGACGCGAAACAGGGCAGGCCGUAGACGCGGUCAAGCAGUUCGAAUUUGCAGCCACUUUGCCGCCACUUGCGGUGGCAGCCUGCGCGCUUAGACGUACCAGCUCUCUCUUGGUCCACAACUUGCAGGUCCCUCAAAAUGUCCCAGGUGGUCGGGAACACUGCGCUAGCGUAUGCCCGUGUGUGGCAUCACGUCGACGCUUCGGAGCGGGUACUGGGAAAGUUGGCAGAGCGCAUUGCUAUCGUGCUCAUGGGCAAGCACAAGCCCAUCUUCGACCCGAGUGCGGACUGUGGUGACUACGUCGUCAUCACGAACGCACGGAAGGUGAAGGUGUCUGGAAACAAGGUCGACCAAAUUGUGUACCGGCACCACACAAUGUUCCCCGGAGGUCUGAAGGAAAUUCAGUACAAGGAUAUGAUGCGGAGGAAACCCGACGAAAUCAUCCGAAAAGCCGUCUCAGGCAUGUUGCCGAAGAACAAGCUGCGCGACAGAAGACUAGCGCGCCUGCGGAUAUUCGAGGACUCGGACAUGGGUGUGUUCCAACACAACAUCUUGAAACGCUGGGAGGACGGCACGCUGGCGCAGUCUACGCCGCAAACCAAGGUUCCCUCUGCCUGA